GCCCAGCUCAUCACCCGACAGCCGACAGCCGACAGCAAUCAUCCAUUCUCCAUUCUCCAGUAGAGUAGCCGACUGUCUAUAAAUAGCUUAGUUCACGAGAUUAAUGUUGUAGAAUUAUAACAUUUGCACCUUCUUGAAAAUCCCAGCUUCUGUCAAGCCUUUCCGAAAUAUAUAUGAAGCAAAAGAUAGUCAUUAAGGUGCAAGUGGUCUGUGACAAAUGCCGGACCAAAGCCUUAAAGAUAGCUGCUGCAGCAGAUGGGGUUGCAUCAGUGGCAUUAGAAGGGCAAGACAGAGAUCAAGUGGUGGUGAUUGGAAAUGAAGUUGAUGUAUCUUGCUUGACCAGCUCUCUUAGGAAGAAGGUCGGCCAUGCGACCAUUGUAAGCGUGGAGGAAGUCAAGCCCAAACCCAAACCUGAUGAUAAGAAGACGGAAGGAGACAAGAAAGCAAAAGAUAGUCAUUAAGGUUCAAGUGGUCUGUGACAAAUGCCGGACCAAAGCCUUGAAGAUAGCUGCAACAGCAUAUGGGGUUGCAUCAGUGGCAUUAGAAGGGCAAGACAGAGAUCAAGUGGUGGUGAUUGGAAAUGAAGUUGAUGUAUCUUGCUUGACCAGUUCUCUUAGGAAGAAGGUCGGCCAUGCGACCAUUGUAAGCGUGGAGGAAGUCAAGCCCAAAUCUGAUGAUAAGAAAAAAGAAGACACCAGUAAUAAGGAAGGAGACAAGGAUAAGAAAGGUGGAACCGAAAACAAAUGUUCAUGUCCAACACCUCUAUGUGCAUGUUCGCCGCCAUGUUACCAACCUCAGCUAGUGUUUUAUGAUCAUGAUCCCUACCAGCCGACUUGCACCAUCAUGUGACGGCCGGCUGGCCAGCCGGAUACGAGUAAAUUGAUCUAUAAAUCAUCCUGGCUUGUAUCCCUUCAAAGCUGAUAUGACGUGAUUUCUCAUAGCAUUGUCUGUUGGAUAUACUUUCUGAUCUGU